CCCCGCUGAGGCCAGAGGAGCAAUAAGCAUGUCCACCAGGUAUCACCAAUCUGCCAUAGAUGGCUACUUAGAUAUCUUGAAAGAAGCCACUAAAAAGGAUGUCAACACAGCAGAUGGUGAUGGGAUGACUCCCACCAUACUGGCAGCCUACCAUGGACACCUGGAUGUGCUGGAGCUGGUGUGUAACAGAGGUGGAGAUCCAAACAAAAGUGACAUAUGGGGAAACACACCCUUGCAUCAUGCAGCAGAGAAAGGACACGCUAACUGCAUAGCUUUCCUAAUUAAUUUUGGAGCAAAUAUUUUUGCAUUGGAUAACCAGUUCCGUUCACCACUGGAUGUGGCCAUCAUGAAAGACCGUAAAGAAUGUGUCAAUAUCUUGGAUGGAGCUGCCAGUAAGCAAACAUCCUUGAAUCCUAAGAAAGUUGCUAGGUUAAAGGAACAAGCUACGAAAGACGCAGAACGUAAGAUCAUAGAAUGUGAAAAGCUCCAAGAGAAACACCAGAGUCAGAUGAGCAAAAACUUUAACAAGACUGGUACAAUAAAUUCAUCGAAAGGAACCUUGUCAGGCUCUGUAGGUGCCCGGUUUUCAACACCAUCGACCAUCAGCAGUUUAUCCAGGAGUCUUAAGGACACAUUGCAACUAAAAGUAAGAAAGAAAGAUAAAAACACAAUGGAUAGAGACACCAUGAGUAAUGUGAUGUUUGCCAAAGAUGAGAACGCCCAACGUACUAAGAUCACAGAUGUCUUCAGUGAAUAUGAAGAGGAAGGUACGAUCUCAGAGGAAAAAGAAAAGCAAUCUAUUUUUAACCGCCCUGGUCUUGGGAACAUGGUUUUCCGAAAAAACCAGGCGAUGGGUACUAACACUGAUUUUGAUGAAAUUUCCACACUUGAAGAUGACAUGGGUUUUAAAGUCAACAGUGAAUUGUUUACACCAGAGGACAAUGAUGGAAAUGAGAAUGAUAGCAACACAGAUGAAAAUGGGGCCUGGAAUGUAGAUGACAUAGAACUAGAUAUAGAAGAAGAAAGUUCUUCUCUUCAGGUCUUCUUGGCAUCUCACGGCUUACUUGAAUUGCAUGCCACUCUUUUGAGAGAGAAAAUUGAUUUAGAUUCUCUUCUCAUGUGUUCUAAUGAAGAUCUGCAGAGCAUUAACAUCCAACUUGGACCAAGAAAGAAACUCCUUAAUGCAGUAGACAAAAGAAAAAAUGUUCUGUACAAGCCAGGAGAGAUCACAGACACAAAGCUAUAAACAUAUUUCUGUAGGUGAACUCCUAAUUUUGAAGACGAUAUGAAUGCACCAACGUAUAUACUGUAAAACCUCUUUAAGACAACCUCCCAAAAUUGCAUUACAAAAUGGUCUUUUAUCAGGGUGUUCCUCUAAAAGAAAGUAUACAAAAUGCUGGUUGAAUGUUUAAUGACAACAGCUCAUGAACAAACACCCAAAAUCAUGAAAACCCCCAAAAUCACUUCAUUAAUUAUUUCACAGUAGUCUACCUAUAACUUUUCAUUGUACCCUACCAAAGAUUUGUAGUACAUGAUGGUAUUUUUGAUUUUAUGAAAGUUGCAGAGCCACAGGUUAAAUAAUAAUACAGUAUUGUAUUGUAUCCUUCUCAAACCUCUCUGUAAAGUCCUCUGCGUGGCUCAACUAUCCUAAGUUCCCUGGAUUUACCUUUCUUUUUGUCAUUUCUCAAGGUGGCUCUAUCAUCUUGUCAGUAACCAGCAUGGUUCCCGUCCCUUCAGUCACCAGCAUGGCUCCCCUCUUUUCAGUCUCCAGCAUGGAUCCUCUCUCCUCAGCACAGUGUGUUGUCCGCAUCCACAUGUAUGUUCCACGGCCCCCCAAAAAAGAUAGAACAUGUCCUUUCCUAGGACAUUUCUUUUGAAGUGAAAAAGAAAAUGGCAGCAUGCACAUGGCCAGGAUUCAUGUUUUGUGGAUUCAUGAUUUGCAGACCACAAAAUACUUACAGUCAUGUGAAUGAUGCCUUAGUCCUCCCCUCUCAGUCCCUAGCAUUGCCUUUACUCUCAUUCUUCCCAGUAUUGCUGAGAGUUUGACAAUUUUUUUCCCUUUGGCUAUUUUACAUCCUUCAGUAAGCGACACAAUGCUACCCUGCUCUGUACUCAAUCAGUGUUGGACUUGGGUUCCUUGGGCCCACCAUAGGGAAUUAUUCUUAUAUUAUUUAUUAUUAAUAAAGUCUAACAGAUUUUCAAUAAAAAAAAUAGACCCUAGUUGCAACUGACUGGCUCCAAAUGCAGCCAUAUAGAUUUUUUUUUCUUCUGGACCUUUGGGGCCCACUAUGGGGUCAGUCCGACCCUGCUGUAAAUGAGAAAUCAAGGAAGGAUAUUCAAAGUUUGGCAUCUCCCUCCCCUCCACUACCUCCUUCAUGUUCU